CUGACUGCGGGGCCGGCGCGGAUGGCGGGCGGCGCGGGCUGGGCGGGCGCCCCCGCGGCUCUGCUGCGCUCCGUGCGCCGCCUGCGCCAGGUGUUCGAGGUGUGCGGCCGCGACCCCGACGGCUUCCUGCGCGUGGAGCGCGUCGCGGCGCUCGGCCUGCGCUUCGGCCAGGGAGAAGAGGUAGAGAAGCUCGUCAAGUAUUUGGAUCCCAACGACCUGGGGAGGAUCAACUUCAAGGACUUUUGCCGUGGGGUGUUCGCCAUGAAAGGGUGCGAGGAGCUGCUGAAGGAUGUGCUGUCCGUGGAGAGCGCAGGGACGCUGCCGUGCGCGCCCGAGAUCCCUGACUGUGUGGAGCAGGGCAGCGAGGUCCCAGGCCCCACCUUUGCUGAUGGCGAGCUCAUCCCCACGGAGCCCGGCUUCUUUCCCGAGGACGAGGAGGAGGCGAUGACGCUGGCCCCUCCCGAGGGCCCUCCCGAGUCGGACAUGGACAGCCCCAUGGAGAGCACCCAGGGCCUGGAGGGCCCCGUCGGGAGUGCCGGCAUGGAGGAGCGGGGCCCGGGGCUCGGGGGCCUGUUUCUGCCAGACCACAAGUCUCUGAUGCACGCCCCAUCGGUGACGACAUCCGACCUGUCCACGCACUCCACUGCCUCGCUCAUCAGCAACGAGGAGCAGUUUGAAGACUAUGGAGAGGGUGACGACGUGGACUGUGCCCCCAGCAGCCCCUGCCCCGACGACGAGACCAGGACCAAUGUCUACUCAGACCUGGGGUCCUCCGUGUCUUCCAGUGCGGGGCAGACCCCCAGGAAGAUGCGGCACGCCUACAACAGCGAGCUGCUGGACGUGUACUGCUCUCAGUGCUGCAAGAAAAUCAACCUGCUCAACGACCUGGAGGCCCGGCUGAAAAACCUCAAGGCCAACAGCCCCAACCGCAAGAUCUCGAGCACGGCCUUCGGACGGCAGCUCAUGCACCACAGCAACUUCAGCAGCAGCAACGGCAGCACCGAGGACCUGUUCCGGGACAGCAUCGACUCCUGUGACAAUGACAUCACAGAGAAGGUGAGCUUCCUGGAGAAAAAGGUGACGGAGCUGGAGAACGACAGCCUGACCAACGGGGACCUGAAGAGCAAGCUGAAGCAGGAGAACACGCAGCUGGUGCACAGGGUGCACGAGCUGGAGGAGAUGGUGAAAGAUCAGGAGACCACGGCCGCACAGGCGCUGGAGGAGGAGGCCCGGCGACACCGCGAGGCCUGCAGCAAGCUGGAGAGGGAGAAGAGCACGGAGCUGGAGCUGCUGCAUAGCAGGGUGCAGCAGCUGGAGGAGGAAAACACUGAGCUCCGGACGACGGUGACGCGGCUCAAGUCGCAGACGGAGAAGCUAGAUGAGGAGCGGCAACGCAUGUCCGACCGGCUGGAGGACACCAGCCUGCGGCUCAAGGAUGAGAUGGACCUGUACAAACGCAUGAUGGACAAGCUGCGCCAGAACCGCCUCGAGUUCCAGAAGGAGCGGGAGGCCACCCAGGAGCUCAUCGAGGACUUGCGGAAGGAGCUGGAGCACCUGCAGAUGUACAAGCUGGACUGCGAGCGGCCUGGCCGGGGACGCAGCUCGUCGUCCAGCCUGGGCGAGUUCAACGCCAGGGCCCGCGAAGUGGAGCUGGAGCACGAGGUCAAGCGGCUGAAGCAGGAGAAUCACAAGCUUCGGGAUCAGAACGACGACCUGAACGGCCAGAUCCUGAGCCUCAGCCUCUACGAAGCAAAGAACCUGUUUGCCACGCAGACCAAAGCCCAGUCCCUGGCUGCCGAAAUCGACACGGCCUCACGCGACGAGCUCAUGGAAGCCCUGAAGGAGCAGGAGGAGAUCAACUUCCGGCUGCGGCAGUACAUGGACAAGAUCAUCCUCGCCAUCCUGGACCACAACCCCUCCAUCCUGGAGAUCAAACACUGAGUUCAGGGGGCUGGCUGCAGAGCAGCCUCAGGACCCCGGGGCCACGGGGCGGGCCCUGCCCGAGGCCGCGGGCCCACGCUGUAAAUGUAUCUGCGGCCACCACGCGUCCCGUGUGCUGGUUUGUACAUGGGGAGGCUGUGCACGCGCCAGGCGUGAGCGUGGGGCCGUGGCUGGGGCUGACGUGUGUGCGGGUCCUGCCCAUGCACUUUAACCCCUCGGCAAGGGGCAGAGGGGACUGGAGGAGGGAGGGGCCAGGUCCACUCGCAGGAGUUGCUGUAAUAACAAGGACUGGAUAAAUGACUCUACCUCUGGGGAUAAGGAUUAAAGAGUAAUCUAGUGAGAUGGUGUGUGCACCCCACCCCACCCCCACGCGUGGGGACAUCAUGGUUCCUUCCUGGAGUCGGCCCUCGCCAGCCUCUCUGGCACCUUUCAGCCCAGGUGCUGGACCCCAGAGAGGAGGAAGGGGGCCUUUGUGGCUGGGCCCUCGCUUGCGCCCUGCCCCGGCCAGCACCCUCGGCAAGGCAGGUGCCCAGCGUCCAAGGGUCUUGGGGGUGCCGAGGAGCAGCAGAGUUGUUGGCGUUUUUCAGGUUCUUCCCGCAAGCCCCAUCCCUGCCUGCCCAUCCCCCCCUUUCUGUUCUUGACUUUGAGAUGAUGAAAAAAGCAGCAGCAUUUACUUGGGUGUGAAAUGGAAGGAGAAAUGGGGGGCCGGGAGGAGGUAGAGCAGGUGUCGGCGUUGGGCAGCACUCACCGGGUCAGCAUCCUGCCCGGGUGCGGGAGUGGACAUCCCGCCUCACCGGCCGUCCCAUGCUCUGGGCAGCGUGCUGAGGGCCGCCCUUGGCUUUGGGCUUCAGAAGCUGAGCUCUGGGCUGCUCUCGGGUGGUAGCCAGGUGCCCUCGCUGCAGGUUUUAGAAACAGCGUCCCCGGUGCUCAGCCAGUGGGCGGCCACAGUGCUGGCUGACACAGGGCCGGCAGGGUCGCAGGGAAGCCGUCUGCCACACUCCUGAGCUGGGGUGGGAUUCACACCGCGGGUCUCUGACACCGUCCCGCGCUCCCGGCGGCCGAGAGUGGGUGCAGCAUUGGCUUCAGGGUUCCUUGUGUAUCCCCCUUAGUAGGACGCGUGGCACGUUUCCUUCCUCCACAUGCAUGUGGGCUGGUUCGCGUCACCUCUCGUGUGAAGAGAAGGUUAGGGCAUGUGGGGAGGGGAGGUCAGUGGGACAGGGUGUGUGCCCCGGCCGGCAGAGGCAGGGCCGCGGCCAGUGCCUGUCUUCAGACCACUGUGGCCGACUUGUGCUUCUACUGGGUGCUGCGCUCCCCCUAGCCGUGUAUGUGGCGUUGGUUCACGUUGUGUUGAUCAGACUCAGGGCUCUGGGGCCACACACCACUGCCCAGGAGCCUGGGCCAGGGGCUGGGUCCCCAGCAGACUUGGAACACCGGGCUCCUUGGGUACCCCAGGACCUGAGAACACGCAGACAGAUGGCAUGAGGAGUGGGUCUGUGGCAAUGACCUAAGACAACCCAGGGUGAGGGGGCUCUGGGCUGGCUUCCACGCAGGCAGAGGUCCUGCAGGGAGGCCAGAGGGUCCUCGUCCGUCCCCCUGCCCCAGGAGGAGUGUUUGCUGUGCACAUGCUCUGAGCUGCGGAGUCACUGCUGUGGGAAGCAGUUCUGCGGCAAGGACGGGAAAGGCGCGUCUGCCUGCAGCGUUCUGCCAGCUCCUCCCUGUAGGGGGCGCCGUGGAACAGACCUCCUAUGAAGCAGAGGGGCCUGUUAACUGAGGGGCUAGGUUCCAUGGGACACGCACCCCACGUCCAGCCUUCUGGCCUUCACCUGCCAUCUGUCUCUUAGAAAACCUCAUCUUGUCAACUUGGCGUUUCAAGGUCAUCUAUGUUUUUUAUAAACCUGUCUGAGCUUGUGAGCUGGGCGGACAGGGGCAGAGGCCCCGGACUCCACGAGCUGGUUCCAGACCAUUAGGUGGCGGGGGAGAGCCUGCUCGCCCCAUGCCCUGCCUCCUCGCUCCUCUGUCAGCAGUGGGGCUGCUGCAGAGCACACAGAUCCCCAUGAAGCCUACAGCAGACACGUCUUAGGAUAAGUACGUUCCCGGCAACACUUGGGAGAUACUUUAAAUGGGGAGAUGUUAAAAAUGCCCGGACCCAGACGUCCGGUUUCAUGGGUGUGGGUGCUGGCGUCCCGUGAUGAGCCUAAUCUAACCGGUGAGCUCCAUGUGUUGGGGGCUGCUAAACCCAGCAGAGCUCAGCAGUAGCUGCCCUGAGGCGCUGGGGUGCGCUCCCACAAACACAGCCACGGGGGUACAUGGUCAGCUGAGCCUCAGGGAAGGUACGUUCAGUAUCUGGUAGAAAGCUAGUGCCCGCGUCCAGCGAGGCUGCUCCAUGGGUGGGCACGAGGAAACUCUCGUAAAAAUCAAGAAUAUGUACGCAUAUACACAGACACACGCACGCUUCAAAUCGGCCAGAGUUAGAGCUCGGUCUUUGUGUGUUAAAUCAGUAGAUUUCUUUGAGUAUUAACAAGAGGGAAGUUCCUUUUCCUUGAUUUUAUUUCCGACCUAUUAAAAAACUCAAAGCUCAACAACCUCCCAAAGUGACUGGCCUCUAAAAUGCGGGUUCUCAAUCUUGGCUCAGAACACCCAGGAGACUUAAAAAGCAUCAGGUUUAGUUUUUGUGGGGGCAUCUAGGUGUGUAAAGACCGCCCCAGCUGACAGCCUGUGCAGCCAGAGGCAGGGCCCCGACCCACGAGGCUGUGGGCCGGAGGUGGAGGAAGCCGGCGGCAGUGACCGCUGGGCCUAUUGAGCCUGCCGCUGAGUGACCCGAGUCCUCGGGCUGGGAGGCCGGACGGCUUCCGACGCUGAUGGAUCCAGCUGUUCGCGGUGGCGCUCUGUCCAGGAGGCGGGCACGUUGGGAUAUACUCACGUGGGCCACAGGCCCAUCCCUGAGUGGGGAAAGAGGGAGUCAGCUGGGAACUGACAAGUGGGGCUGGCCCUGGAAACCAGCAGGAGCCGGAACCAGGCUCGUGGGGUUCCCCUCUGAUUUGUUUCCUGCCUGGGUAGGUGAGGGAUGCCCCAGCUCCUCCCCCAUUAGCAGCCCAAACAGCGUCCCUGCUUGCGCCUGGAGCUGCAGGAGAAGCCGCUGCAGGUCUGCUUCCUGGCCCAGGAGGACACCUGGAGGGCUCUGUGGUCCAGCGAGGGGCUUCGUGGCUGGACAGAGUCUGUGGGGGACAGCAGGACCCAGUGCAGCAGGCCCCUUUUUGUGGCCUGUGUCUUGGGCAUUCGCAAAUCUCGGUGUGACUGGGACAGGCGACGGUUCCAGAGGUCACCCCGUGGAGCUCAGUGGCCCCUAGAGGCUUGAGGUGGAGUCUGGAUUGAGGAGAGGGUCGGGCAGGACUGCAGGGCUGCUGCCCACCAGCCUUUCCUCCGAGCCCUGACUCUCCCUUGGGGACCCAGGGUCUCCCCUCUGGGGCGACACUUCAGGCUGGUAAGACUGAGCUGUGCCCCCACGAGGGUCCUCACGUUGGCGGGGCCAUGUCCUUGGGGGCCUUUGGGCACUGUGCCCCCAGGUCCUGACUCCCUGCUGAGUGCCUGCCAGCAGGACACCCCUGAGGGUCUUGUGCCGCACUCUCUGCUGCCCACUCUGGGGAAAAUCUGUCCUCCAGAGAGGUUUGUGUGCAGUAAGGUGUGAUGCCAACAUGCUCACUGGGAGCUCGCCCUCCCAUAGGACCUCCGUGUCUGGCCUCGUAGGCGCCUUCCCUUUCCAUUGUGACCGUAACGUAGCGAUGUCUGCUCCAGAGCCGCCAGUCCGGGGUAGCAUCCCGGGGCCCCUGCCUCCCACUGGGCCCCGGCUGCUUUGCUGUGCUGCACAGGCUGUGUUUCGUCUGCAUGGUUUGGGGUCUUUGUCCUUGUGCCUUCUCUUCCCUGUCCCCACUGUACAGGAUUCCCCGCGUCACCCCACUGCCGCCUUUUGUACGUGUCUCGUCUGCCCCGUUUCCCGAGCCCUCCAGCGAGCGAGGCCUCCCCGCCCACUCAGCCGCGUAGACAUGGUGACUUUGUACAGAAUCUUCCACUGUUGUCUUAAGCGUGGGGGCUAGGACCCCCCGAGUCCCUCAGCCAGCCUGCAGCUAGUUUAGAAGCCUUGCGUCCCAGAGAAGGGGAACUGUAUAGAGCAGCUUCUCCCACAAGCCCCUUCCCCUGCCCCUGCAGGGGCGGCUCCGGUGUGCAAUGGCCACGCCCCUCGCCCUACCCCCGGAGGAAGGCCUUGCAGUGGCUCCCAGGGCUUGGCAAUGGCCUUGGUUUAGGGUCAUGGCAUCUGGUGUCUGGGACAGCCGCGGGCCCCAGCUGGGCUGAGGAAGAGGCUUUUCGCUGCUGUCUCUGCCUGCUGUUAACACCUGCCCAGCCCUUCCUCAUCUGCCGAUGGUGCUCAGACCAGAGUGCCAUUAAACACCCAGCCCACGUCAGGGUCUCCAUCGGAUGGUGCGACGCGGUGGUCCCUUGGCCCGCUGGCUCCUGUCCUUCCAGCUCUCGCCAGCCCGUCAUCCGGGUCUCCUGGGGCCUGGUGGACUCACGCCCAAGGGUUGGUAGAUGGCUUCUGAGUCUCCGUGGGAUUCAGCUGGAGGGUUUUGCCCCAGGAGCCUGCGUCUGGGAACAGGCUUAGCUUUAGGGCCAGGGUGGGGCGUCUGCUUGCAGCUUGCAGGAAGGAAAGUGUGGUGUGAGCCCCCGGGCUGCGUCCCAGGGUCCCCGUGCUCCAGUCUCCAGCCUGCUUCCAGCCAGAGGGCAUGGGCUGCGGCCUGGCAGGCUCCUUCCAGGGAACUGUAAUGUACAGACCAAGGUGUAAAUAAACUGUUUUUCCUGCCUGA